AGACUACUAUCAGAUUAUCAAAAUAUCUACAGAAUGAACAAGAUGCGGACUUCCAUCAUUUGUAACAAUUUAUUACCGGAAAAGUUCCAUCGAGGCUUCCCUGUUUCAUCUUUGUGCUCUGCUGCUACUGUGUGCUGGGCAGCACUAAAUUAAGUUUGUUUGUUGCAAUAUUAUCACUGCAGUAUUCAUUAGCAUUACGUUUAUGCUUAUGAUCCAUCACUAUGGUAUUGCAAAUCUCAAACAACUACUUACAAGAAACAUGCUUCAUUCUCGCUAUCGUGGGGAUUGCGCUCUCUAUCACAGCUACUGCGCUCCACUUUGUAGCUGUGCGCCGUGUUAAACACAGGCCUGGCUGGGAAGAUUUGUUCAGUGUCUUGGCUACUUUCUUUUUUGUUUUAUAUGUGAUACCGCUUCUAUAUCUCCUGUCAUUGAUGAAUGGCAAUAGCACAUGGACAGAUGAGGAAAUCGUCAAUAUUAAAAAGGCCGGGUAUGCCAUGGGACCUCAAUUCUGCAUGCAGCAGCUAUUUGCAAAACUAAGCAUCCUCUUCCUAUAUUAUCGCCUAUUUCAUGUCAACCAGCGAUUUCUUUACUGUGUUCAGUUUCUCGGCAUAUUUCAAACCGCUUGGUCAAUCGCCACCUAUAUAGCACACUAUCUCGAAUGCAUACCGCCCAGCAAGCUCUGGAAGCCGACAAUAGACGGCCACUGCAUCAACAGUGCAGCGUUUCUUGCCGGUGGCGAAACACCUAACUCUCUAGUUGACUUUGCCCUUAUUGCGCUAGCAAUUUGGAUGGUUCAAACAUUAAGAGUGAAGACCUCAGAGAAACUCAAAUUAUUUGUGAUAUUCAUGAUUGGUGGUUUAGCUGGCGUCCUUGGUUUUGUCAAGAUCGGCUAUGGUUUUAGUGCCGUAAGCAAAUCGAAAAUUGAGGUGCUCGAUCCUAUCUGGGCAACGGUUCAACAAACAUGCAGCGUCAUUUGCUGCUGUGCACCUUUUUACAAACCCUUGAUCCCUGAUUUCGGAGUAUUCAGAUACAUCAGUUCCGUAGUUUCGAAAAGUCGAAGUAGCAAGUCUGGAUCGAAUCCCCACCCAGACGAAAUGGAUAUAAAUCCGUUUUUCUGGGAGAGAAAUAGGAAACAUCAAUGCGAUGAUUGGAUCCAACUUGAUGGAAACAAUCCACAGAAGGGACUGUCAUCGCAUACACUCCCCCCGGUCUAGUCGGCGAACAUCGUGCCAUUAUUUGAUGUUUCUGCUGGGUAA